AUGGCUGAGGCAUUCGACUUGGACGUACAGAGGGAUGUCGACGUGGAAGCACGGAAAGUUACAGUUGGGCUCAAGGCCUACCCGAAGGAUGGUCUCCCCUUUGCGCUGAACGAUGCCGACAUGGCUGUUCAGAUGGUCUCCGACCGCUUCCCAGCUUCUACGCCCCUCGUUUGCCGAGGGCCGGGUGCUGGCGCCGAGUUUACCGCCUCGGGGCUCUUUGCAUCCAUGUGGUUGAAAGAUGCUUUGGCAUAUUGCUAUUGCUAA